AAAUCAAAAUGUCACGGAGCAUACCUUCCGAUCUCCAAGAGGAAAUCAUCACAAGACUUCCUGUCGAAUCAUUGAUUCGAUGCCGAUCGGYGUGCAAAGCAUGGAAGUCACUGAUUGAUUCCUCUGCGUUUAUUGCUGCUCACAGCGUUCGCCAAACUCAGCCGCAGCAUUUCCUUAUGAUGUAUCAAGUGCGAGAACGGGAGGAAAAUGAGGGAAWAUACGUUUCUUUUGUCGAUGAUAAUACUUUCCCCCAACAAAGGUUUGAUCCGAUUGUUCCUGUGCUCGUUCAAAUACUUAAGGUUAAGGCCACUGGAUCAAGAAUAGUCGGUAGCUCGCACGGCUUGCUGUGCCUCCACGGUUAUUAUUAUCGAGAGCAAGAAAAGGAAGUGGCUGUUCUUUGGAAUCCUUCCAUUAUAAAAUCGAUUGCUGUUGCUGUACCUUUUAGUGUGUUAAGUUCGUCGUUUUCAAGGGUCCUUGGUUUUGGGGUUUGCCCCAACACUUGUGACCCUACGCUUGUCGCAAUUACAUCUAUUAGUGCAUGGUGGAGAAUAGAAAGUAUAAGUUACAUCCCUCGGCAAGUUAUGGUUUUCUCAUUGAGCUCAAAAGAAUGGAGGAGUUUACGUAACAAUCUGCCUCGUAAAUCAAUUGGAUUUACAUGGUCUCAGGUAGCUAUAGGUCAUUUUAUCUAUUGGUUUGCUUAUGAUAGGAUUGCUGAAGAUGGUGGAAUUAGGGAUCAUAAUCUGAUUAUGUCAUUUGAUUUGAGUACUGAGGAGUUUCGAGAGGUAAACCUCCCAGAUAGUUCGUCUCAGCUGCGCUCUAUAGGUUUCUCCAUCUCUAGGCUAAGGGAGUCUCUUGCUUUGCUUGAGUCUGCUGAAGAUAUGAACGGGAUGCAAGUUUGUAUUGUAUGGAUGAUGGAGCAUGGUGAUACAAACACGUUUACAAAGUUAUACACCAUUAACCCACCAUAUCCUGCAUAUAUACAGAGAAUUCUGUGGUUUAGGAAGAGUGGCGACCCUAUAUUUGAGAUGACACUUUACUAUUGUCAUCAAAAGCUUGCUGUUUAUGAACCUUUCUCAGAGCACUUCAAGGAUCUUGGGAUUUUUGUAAACGGAUUUUCAUCCUAUGUGAAUUCUUAUACGGAAUCGCUGCUUCUGCUCAACGAGGAAGAUCAUACUAUUUAUAAUCAUAUCCCCAAAAUCAAAAUGUCACGGAGCAUACCUUCCGAUAUCGUAGAGGAAAUCAUCAGAAGACUUCCUGUCGAAUCAUUGAUUCGAUGCCGAUCGGUGUGCAAAGCAUGGAAGUCACUGAUUGAUUCCUCUGCGUUUAUUGCUGCUCACAGCCUUCGCCAAACUCAGCCGCAGCAUUUGCUUAUAAGGUAUGAAGUGCGAGAACGGGAGGAAAAUGAGGUCAAACACGUUUCUUUUGUCGAUGAUAAUACUUUCCCCCAACAAAAGUUUGCUCCGAUUGUUCCUGUGCUCGUUCAAAUACUUGAGGCCAAGGGAUCAAGAAUAGUCAGUAGCUCGCACGGCUUGCUGUGCCUCCACGGUUAUUAUCGAGAGCAAGAAAAGGAAGUGGCUGUUAUUUGGAAUCCUUCCAUUAUAAAAUCGAUUGCUGUUGCUAUACCUUUUAAUGUGUUAAAUUCGCUGUUUUCAAGGGUCCUUGGUUUUGGGGUUUGCCCCGACACUUGUGACCCUACGCUUGUCACAAUUACAUAUAUUAGUGCAUGGUGGAAAAUGGAAAGUAUAAGUUACAUCCCUCGGCAAGUUAUGGUUUUCUCAUUGAGCUCGAAAAAAUGGAUGAGUUUAUGUGACAAUCUGCCUCGUAAAUCAAUUGCAUUUACAUGGUCUCAGGUUGUUAUAGGUCAUAUUAUUUAUUGGGUUGCUUAUGAUAGGAUUGCUGAAGAUGGUGGAUGUAGGGAUCAUAAUCUGAUUAUGUCAUUUGAUUUGAGUACUGAGGAGUUUCGAGAGGUAAACCUCCCAGAUAGUUCGUCUCAGCUGCCCUUUAUAAGUUUCUCCAUCUCUAGGCUAAGGGAGUCGCUUGCUUUGCUUGAGUCUGUUGAAGAUAUGAACGGGAUACAAGUUUGUACUGUAUGGAUGAUGGAGCAUGGUGAUACAAACACGUUUACGAAGUUAUACACCAUUAACAUAUCAUAUCCUGCAUCAAUUCAGAGAAUUCUGGGGUUUAGGAAGAGUGGCGAACCUAUAUUUGAGAUGACACUUUACCAUUGUCAUCAAACGCUUGUUGUUUAUGAUCCUUUCUCAGAGCUCUUCAAGGAUUUUGGGAUUUUUGUAAACGGAUAUUUAUCCUUUGUGAAUUUCUGCACGGAAUCGCUGUUUCUGCUCAACGAGGAAGAUCAUACUAUUUAUUAAUUGAUUGGAAGACGAAGAUGACGGCCUCGUUGCAAAAUGUGGAGCUGUGAAGAUGACUUUUGGAACAGGUAAGCAAGGUAGAGAUUGAUGUGCAAUUACCAUGCAUAUUAGUUUUAAGUUUUCUUAAAAAGUUUUCUUACCAUGCAUAUAGAUUGAUGCACAUAUCUUUUUGGUAUAUUAAUACAUGCAUAAAUCUUGUUGG